AUGACCCACUCUCUCUCCUCCGUCGCUCUCGCAGGCUCUACUGGCCUCGUCGGCUCUCAAGUCCUCAGCACCCUGCUGUCCUUGCCUUCUGCCCCCACGGUACACGCCCUCACGCGCCGCGAACUCCCUCACAGCUUCACAUCCUCCUCCCUCCAGCCAAUUCUUGAAAAAGAAAGCGCAUCAUGGCCUCAAAGACUAUCUUCGCUAUCUCCUCCUCCAACCGCUUAUAUCACAGCCCUUGGAACCACUCGCGCGGCCGCGGGCUCUGUCGCCGCUCAGCGAAGUAUUGAUCUUGACCUAAAUCUUUCUCUUGCGAAAGCGGCCAAAGAAUCAGGUGUGAAUACUUUUGUGCUCCUAUCUUCUGCGGGAACGAGCAGUAAAAGCUACCUCGCCUACAGCAAGAUGAAGGGAGAGCUAGAGGAUGCAGUCAAAGAGCUAGGGUUCGCACAUUGUGUUAUUGUACGACCAGGAUUGCUUGUGGGGCAAAGAGAGGAUACGAGGGUAGCGGAAGCGGUGCUGAGGUCGUUGGCAAAUGGGAUGGGAAAGCUCACAGGGGGAUGGGGCAAGGAUUUCUGGGCGCAGGAUGCCGAUGUAAUCGCGAGGGCGAUUGUUAGGGCGGCUGAGAAGUGCGUGGACGGGCAACAGGCGGAAGGUGUUUGGGUAGUCGAGCAAAAGGAUGUCGUGAGGUUGGGACGGACGGAGUGGGACGAAGGAGGGAAGUGA